ACACAUACAAACUCUUGUUGAUUUCCCUUUCGAUAUUCGAAUCUAGGGUUCAUAACCGGAGAGAAAAAUGAUUGUCAGAACACCUCUACUUAAAAAACGAAGGCCUGAAACGACCGGUAACUCGGAGAGCCCUAACUCCGAUGGCAAUUUGGUUAUCUUCGAGGACCUGCCGGUCCCGGACCCGGAGGCAGAUCCCUCUCACCAACAUUCCGGUCAGAUGCUUUGCACAUACCAGUGCCGGCAAUUGGUCAAAGCAGAUUUCUUGGAUGCUUUAAGCAAUGCAGAGAAGCAAGUGCAGGACUCUCAAUCCAAACUUGAGACAAUGAAUGAUGACAUGCACAAAUCUGAAGCUGAUAGGAUGAAAUUUCGGGAUCAGCUUCUAUAUGCAGAACAAGAACUAGCUGCUGCCAAGGGACGUGAACAGGCUCUGCAAGAGCAGCUCUUGAAAGAGGUCAAUGAAUCUCAAGAGCGACUGAAAAAGCAAAUUCAUAACCAUAGUGAACUUGAGAUCAAAUUUAGAAAAGAAAUGGAUCUUCGCAAAAAUGCAGAAUCUUUGGUAGCCUCAGCUGAAGAAAAAGCAAGCCUUUUAGAGAGGAAAUUGAGCCAGGUCUCUGAAAGCAUAGAGAGGGAAAGAGUUCGUCUUCAGAAGGAUCUUACACAGCUUAAAGAAGAAUCAAAAUUGUCAAUUUCUAGAAUUAGUUCAGAUCUUGAAAGGAUGGAAUGCAAAGCUAAUAACUCUGAGAAGGAGGCAAAUCUUUUGAAGGAACAAUUGGAGAACCUUCAAAGACAAUUUAAUGAGUGCUUGCAUGAGAAGAAUGAAGUAGAGAAAAAACUUUCCACUUUAACAUGUCAAGAAUUUCCUUCAUCUGAUGACAACAUCUUGGUGAAGCAUUUGAGAGAAGAGCUCAGAAAUUAUGAAUCAGAAGUCCGUGAAGCUAGGAAAUGGAAAUCUUCUCAUGAGGACAUUGAGGUACUGAGGGAGAAAUUGUUGGAAGAGAAGGGCCGCAGAGAGAGGGCAGAGUCAGAGAUUUCUAAGCUAUCAGAGGAACAAGUGAACGGAAAGAUGUUGGAGGAUGAAUUGUCCUCUUGGGAAUCAAUGAUGAAGGAGAUUCCUGGUGUAACAUGUGCUGCUGAGAUACCUUUCAAGUUUGCAGCCUUGCAAAGGGAGGUUAUUGAAAGCAUGAUGAAGAUAGGGGAGGUCACUGCACGUUUGAAACAAGUARAGGUUGCUCUUGAUGCUGCUGAAAAUGGUAGGCAGAAUGCUGAAACAGAGGCUGCAUUGACCAAAGAGAAGGUGGAACUUUCGAAAUUGGAGCUCAAGCGAACUGAGUUAUUGCUUUCUUCAGUUACCGAGGAGAGAGACCGUUUGAAAGUUGCUGUUGAUCAAAUGAAGCAGCAGAAGAAUGUUGAAGUAGGGGUUGCAAUGAACGAUGGAACAGUUCAGGAGCUUGAGUCAUCUCUUGCCAUGAAGGAAGAUUAUAUAAAGAAGCUGGAGAGUUCUAUACUUGAGCAAAAAGAAAUUAAUGCCCGUCAGCAUAAUGAAAUAAAGGUGCUCAAUGAGAGGCUGAAUAGUGAAUCAAGAAGAAUAAAAUCAUUGGAGAGGGAGGACGAUCGUCUCCGCUCAGAGAUAGCUAUAUUGGAGUCGAAGGUUGGUCAUGGUGAUUUUUCAUCUGCAAGUACAAAAGUACUGCGUAUGGUGAACAGCUUAGCGGUUGACAGUGAGGCAAAACAAACUAUAGAGGCUUUGCAGAAUGAAUUACAGAAGACGAAAGAGAAAUUACAAGCCAUUGAGGAGUUGAAAAAACAGUCAGGUGAUGCUGGGACAUUAGUAGAUUCAUACAUUUCUGGAAAGAUAGUGCAGUUAAAAGAACAAAUUGCCACCCUCGAGAAACGUGAGGAAAGGUAUAAGACAGUUUUUGCUGAUAGAAUCUCUGUUUUCCGAAGGGCAUGCUGUGAACUGUUUGGUUACAAGAUUGUGAUGGAUGAUCACCAGCGAUCAGAUGGGAUCCCUGUUACACGAUUUACCCUUCAGUCUAUCUAUGCUCAAAGUGAUGAUGAGAAACUUCAAUUUGAGUACGAAUCAGGGAACACUAAAAUUCUGGGAAAUAACUACACGCAGCAGCCUGAGAUAUCCCAUCAGGUUGAGAUUUUUAUUCGGAAACUGAACUCGAUUCCAGCUUUCACUGCCAAUUUGACGGUUGAGUCUUUCAAUAAACGGACGCUAUCGUGAGACAAAGCAACUCGUCUCAAAUUUUGUACUGAACCCGAGAAACAAAUCAAUGGUGUUUUGGAUGAUAAAUGUUUAAAGAAUAUAUACCGAUAUCGGUUAAUGAUCAUAUUAAAAGCAAGUUGGUUUGGAAGU